CGAAUGCAUUCAGUAAAAGCGAGUCAAUAUUUUUUUGAUCGUUUUAAAGAAACUUGUCAUUCAUAUAAUGUGACAUAAUUUCUCAUAAUUUUGAAUUUUCCAUCUUGAAUUUUUGAUACUACUAGAGUAAGUUUAAGAUGGGUAAAAAAACAACAGCUCGCCAUAAGGAGGAUAACACUUUUCGGUUCCAAACAUUUGAAGAAAAGUUAAAGAACAUUUCAAUCAAUGUAAAUCUUUCGAUUCGGGAUGGUCGCACAGAUUUACCAGAGGAUGAGACUACAUUCUUUUAUCAGGAGACUGAAAAAUGGAUGGAUUUGAAUCGAACGGAGAGUUUUGGCGAAUUGUUAACUCAAAUUGGUGACGAUAUCAAAAGUCUCCCACAAGUUUUACUGCAGAAAGAGAAACUUGCAAAUAUUUUAGUAACUCAUUUGGACAAUAGAGAGAAUUUGCCAUCUUACGAACCAACUUUUGCAUUGACGAUCGCACUAGCACGAGAUUUAGGACCAGAUUUCUAUCCAUACUUCCCAAAACUGUUUAGAUCCAUUAUUGAUAUUGUGAUAACUCUGAAAAGUCCCGACGUUAUUGAGCAAGGAUUCAAAUGCUACGCUUACUUAUCAAAAUACCUCCGACGCCAAAUUUUAAAGGACAUCUCCCACCAUCUCAAGUUAUUUGCACCAUUGCUAAAUCCAAAAUUGAAAAACUAUGUUGUCAUUUUUGGAUGCGAGGCGUUUGAAGUUGUUGUUAGCAAAUAUGCACGAGAUAAUCCGGACACAUUUUUAGACUUGAUUUUCAAAUUGCUGCUGCAAAAUAAACCCGAGAAUGGCGUUGGAUUUGCGACUCUGCUGUUUUCCAUGUUCAAGGGAGUAAGUGGAUCCCUUAAAAUUCUUGGACCUGGAUUUAAGUUUGAACGUUGUGUUAAUUAUACCACCGGACUUUCGGGCGAUGACCGACAAAAUUGGAUUGAAAUGCUCAAGAUUCUUCUGCAAAAAUUACUCAAUCACGCGAACGAUUCGAAUGCAAAGACGUUGUUUGAAAUUUUCGAGAAUUUCUUUUUGAAUCCCAAACAACCUGAACAAACUCCAAUCAACCUCAUAUACUAUCGGACCAUCGUAGAGCAUGAAAAUUGCAGCAAAAUCCCUGACGUUGCAAGCUGUGUGAAUGUAAUAAAAUUUGUAACGGAUUCCAUGAUCAGUGGGGAGCAAGUCCAGUUCGCUGAGUUCUACGGACUAGUCAUAACAUUAUUGAACACGAAAGGAAAAUCGACAAAUCCUGAAAUUCUCACCUCCUUAAAGACAACCAUCGUGAAACUGUUUAAAAACGGAGAUUUGGAAUGCGUUCGAAAAAUGGAUGCCGUCCUUCAAGAUACGUCGCACUACUUUCACUCGUAUUUGUCCACCAUUGUCCGAGCGUAUGAAAGACUCGAAGCGGGGAAGAGUAACCCUUUGGAUGUGGACAUUAAAGCAAUUCGAUGUAUUGGUGAAGCCGUCAUGAGACAGCGUGGCUUAUACCAUCCAAUGAAGAAGGAACAACACUUUUUUACGGGACUUGCAAUGCCCAUGUGGUUCUAUGAAAAUCAAAAAAAGUUGAUACGGCCCCUUAAUCUCAUGGGACUGCUCGAGAAGGAGGAUUUUUGCUGUUGUGAAGCAAUUGACCACGCCUAUAAAUCACUCUCCACCUCCACGCACAUGGAAAAUCUCGUCAGAUUGUUCUUGAGCUAUUCAAGGAUGAGCAUGAGUGAAUGUAAAAACUGUUAUGCAAAAUGUAAAGAAAUUGCAAAUAUGAUUAUUGCCCACAAUGAAAUCUGUGAAGAUGCCCACAAACAAAAGUUUUCAAUGUUGCUCUUGUUUGUUUUGGAAACUUUGAUAAUGCACGGUCUCACGGAUGCGUCGCUCGUAACUUUCAACGAGAUUGAUAUCUCAAAGUUUCUCGACAGUGUUCAAGACGUUGUAGUUGGUGCCAGCAAUUCCAGUGCGACCUUCUCUAUGUGGAGUUUAAAGUGUUUAGACUUAAUUGUUCAUUAUGCUAAACUUUGUGAAGCAACGUCUCCUCUCCGAUUGGAAAUAUCUGAUUAUUGUAGUCGAUUAAAAGAUGGUUUGAUAUCUAAUCUCCAGAGUGGCUUCAAAAUUGUCCGAACGUUAACUUUGUCCAUCCUUAGAAAUAUGUUGGAAAUUGAAGAUGUGAAAGGGUCGAAACAUUUGGAAAUGUGUGACAAAUUCAUUCAAAUUGAAGAUAUGAGUAUUUUGAAUCCGAAGUUUUCUUCACUUGUGAAAUCCAGCUUGACAGAAGCCAAAGUUUUGAUGGAAAGUGAAAAUUCUACAGACGAAAUCCGCCAGUUUUGCCUCAAGUAUACUUUGGGUCUGAUGUACUCCAAUUUCAAACUUAUUUGGCCAAUCUGCAUCGAAGUUAUUCAACUGGCCGGAAAGAAUAUGAAGUUUAUCGAUUUCUGGAAAACUUUUGGUCAAUGUUUCCUCAUGCACUUUCCGGAAGCACAGAAUGGUUCUCCACGGGUAAAUAUUAUUAUGGACGAGUUUGGAGACGAGAAUGGAUUUCUUCAACGCAUUCACCAAUUGACUUUUGGAUUCCCUGAGGAGGUUGCUGGAAAUCUGGGCUUACAAGAAACUCCUGAUAUCGCACUGUACAGGGUCAAUUUAUGGAAGUCAAUUAUUGGACUACCCCUCACUAAAAAGGAGUAUCAAGAAAUCAAAGGCAUUAUUGACAAGACAAUUACAAAUACCUUCAGUGACUCAGCCACCCAGAUAGGUCUCAGUGCCGAAAUUAACAGAACUCUGGUUCCAAUGUUCGAAUUUCUGGAGAAAUGUGAUGUCGCUAAUGCUGACCUACAGCUAUGGGAAAGAAGUCUACCUCACUUGAUGUCUGCUCCUGAUGUACAAAAAGCCGUUUGGGGAUUCCUUCAUGCAAAGAGGAAAAAUAAAUUGAAAGGGUUCAAAGACGACAUUGAUGAAUUGAUUGCAACCGACUCUAUGGAUAGUUUCCAUAAGUUUAGGGUUGAUGCUAUUGACACGUCUCAAAGCCAGCAGUAUCAAAAUGAAACUCCAGAAAAACGUAGACUUCUUAUGGAUAUUGUUAUUCGAGUUCUAAUUGGGAAAGAAUGGAAAUGGAAAGCUGAGAAAAGGCUUCAAUCUCUUCGGUUUAUUGGGGGUUGCACUGCAGAAGAAGCCAAAAAGUACCUCCAACUUACUGUAGGAACUGGACUAUCAGAUUUGCGAAUAUCGCCAAAAGUGGUUGAAGUUAAAAUCAAUAAAAUUGCAAAUGGUAUCAGAGCAUGGCGCUAUAAAUUCCCAACCAUAAUGGACGAGCUUUUAAAUCUCGUGUGUGACCUUACUCUGGCAAUCAACAACUUGAAAAAACCGUUUCCUAAGCAUGAAGAUGAUGAAGAGUUGCCUGACUCUGUAUUUGAAGAACAGAAGAAAGGUGCUCUAAAGGCAGCACGGCUAUGCAUUCUUGCAUUCUUUACACACCUUCCCAAGUUCAAUUUGGAAGAUGCUACGAUCGAACGGAUUUUUGAUGUCUUCAUCUGGACGGACGGAAUUGAUGAGAUCAAGUCCCAAAUGGGUUCUAGCCCGAGCUGGAUCAUGAAAUUGUUUCAUGUUUGGAGUUCACAUGCAAGAUUUCAUGUACUAUUCGCUAAAUGCCGUAAUUCCGACUUUGAAGAGCAAUUCAGCCCCAUGAAAGCAAUUUUUGAUAUUUUGGGAACAUCAAGUCUUCAUUUUGAAUUGCAAAAAUAUCUGAUUGGAAUCUUGCUUAAUCUUACAAUGCCUGGUGAAUCGCCGGAUCAAGGGAAUGAAGAUAGCGAAUCCUUGGAUCAUUCAGAAAAGUUUGACUCGAAGCCUUUAACUUGUUCCGGCAUUUAUAAAUUCGAUAAUAAUUCCGAAUCAAUAGGAAUGAACGUUGUAUUGCAUGGGAAACACGUAAUAUUGACGCUGUUUGAAGAUGUGCAACUAUUUAAAAAGUUUGUCAAUCAACCCGGAGGUGACCGGUGCCUUGCCUUAAUUUCAAGAUUGGCCGAAUUUGUGGAUGUCAAGGACGAUGCUGAAUCCUUACAAAGGCUGUGUUCCAUUAUCAUUGAAACAUUUCCAAUUUACAAACAUAGCGAGGAAAAUUUGUUCAAUUGCCUUGUCGCUUGUAAACAUUUACUUGCCAAAAUUGUGGAUUCGAAACCAAUAUUGCUGAAACUUGCGUCUUCGUUCAUCUGGGUUAGUGGCAGACGACUGCGAAGUACAUUAUGUGACAUUUUGAGUUCACAAAAAGACACCUUUAUUCAUGAAACGAUUCGUGACAUGAAUGCAUGGUCUGACGAAGCCGUCGAAUGUCCUGAUUUUUCAAUGCGACAGGAUGCCUUUCAAAAGUUGGAGAAAUCAGUUAUGCAAGAUUCAUUUGACCGAACGCGUUGCACUUUGGCUGCUGCAAAUUGCUUCUACAGCCUACUAAGUGAGACGGACCUUGGUGUUCGGAAUUCUGCCAAGCAGUUCCUCAUUGUUUUAUCAGAGGCCCUAAAAUCUAAAUCGAAGGAGUGUCAAGGGGAAAUUAACUUGUUUUUGGAUGCAAUGAUAAUUCCAAGACUUCGAGGUGGAAUUCAUCACAAAGACGAUGGAAGAUUUGCAGAUUUCUUGCAAGUUUACAUCGCUUUUAUCCAGAAUGCGAAAGAAUUGCAUGGAACAUUUAAAGAAUUGGACAAGGUUCUUAAUGCGGAGAUUAUUGAUGCGUUGUAUGACAUUCAAAUUCACUUACGAACCAGGGCGAUGAACAAGUUAUGUCUCAAGAUUGUGGAAGUUGGUACUACCGUUAGUCCAACAAUCCUUAAAAACUUCAUCCUUCCUUUGGCAAAUCACAACUUGUUGGACGAAGAUAAGCUUGGAGAAAAUAAAAGCGAUCUAAUUCAUUCGUCCAUAGAGACUGUGAAAACAAUUCUCCAGUUGUUUCCACACGAUCACUACUUCAAGUUUCUUAUUCAUUUGAUCAAUUCGCCAAAAAAGAAUACAAGACUAGCCAAGCAAUAUGAGCGAAUUUUAGUAGCGACGAUGGACGCUUACCAUUUUGAUCUGAGCCGUGCUUCAGGUGGUGGUGGCAUAGUAAAUAAACCUGCGGAAGAACCAAUCGCUGAAAGUGGAGAGGAGACUAUUAAGAAUGCUGAGAUUGUGAAAACCGACUCAGAAGAUUCAGAUGAAGAUGCAGACGAGACGAUCCCUAAAGACAAUGUCCCAAUUCCAACUCCAAUGACCAAUACCCUCGUCCCAAAAGCCGCAGCCAUCAAGUGUAUUAAGCUCUUAAAAUCUGUCAUUGUCCCAAAACUCCGAAAAUAUUUAAACUUUGAGGAGAAAGCAACCCACAAGUUAUCCAAAGCAGAGAAGAAAGUAGACGAUGAUGUGAUACUAAAAAUCCCCUGCACUUUGGCAUUAGUCAAAUUGCUAAAGAAACUUCCAAAAUCUGAAGGCGAAACAUCCAUAAGAUCCAUAAUUCCAUGUCUUUGUGCUGGUUUAAGGAAUGAACUGUACUCGACUCGACACAGUUUAAGGAAAACUAUUCUCAGUGUGAUAAAAGAAUUGGGAAUAUCCCAGUUUCGUUCAGUUAUAGGAUAUUUAAACGCUACCCUUCAGCGUGGUUAUCAGAAACACGUGUUAAAUUUUACCGUGGGCUACUUCAUGAAAUGCUUAGAGCCAGAUUUAAGGAACAAUCCAACUCAGCUACCAAUUAAAGAAAUUCUGCCCCUUUGCGACGACGAGUUGUAUAGUGUAAUGCAAGAAGAAAAGGAACUGGUUAAAAUCCGAGCUAAAACAAAGGAAGCUGGAAAAAAUAAUGCACAUCCAAUUUUGAAAUUAUGUGCAAAAUGUAUUCAUACGAAAGCUCAUCUCAAUAGUUUAAUCGAGCCAGCCAUCAAUCGCUUGACUGCCAAAAGAUCUCCAAGAGUAGCAAAAACAACACGACAGUGGUUAAACUCUAUCAGUGAAGGUUUAGCAGAUAAUGUUGUUAUUGAUCACUUGGAAUUACUUGAUUGGCUUCAAGAAGUAAUUCGUAGAGAAAACUUGGACGACGCAGCAAAUAAAGAUAAGGCAGAUGAACCAGAAAAGAAGAAACGCAAGUUGCUGGUGGAAUCUAAAGACGCCCAUUUGAUCCCAAGUGCAAAGAGGAAAAGCAAUAAUGUCGCCGUUGGAAAACUUACUGGUCAAUUUUUGUUGACAGAAUUUGCAUUCAAUUGUUUGUACAAUGGACUCAAUAAAAACACUCCGUUGAAGGAAACUCUGACUCGCAUGGAAUCCAUUCAUGUUUUGGAUGCAUUUGUGAAACCGUUGGCGGAUGGGAUUAAGUUGCCUUCAAAGCAGGUCAACAUUGUUUCCCUCCGAUGCCUAACGUUGCUGUUCGAAUUUGAGCUUUCCAGUUUUAAAAAUGAAAAUUUGACCGAUACUUUGAGACAAAGUGGAUUUAUGGCAAUGAAUAACCAUUGCUAUCGUACGUCGUCCGAUACGCAAAUGUCCAACUCGACUUUUAAGUUUCUAGCUGCAUUCUUCCUACGAUUUCCGAACUACAAAAUUGUUAUUCAAGAUUUUGAGUUAAUGUUGAAGUGCAUUCAAAGUUAUCUAACGCACGAUGAAUGCUCGUCUGCUGCAAUAACUUUGCUGAAAGGGGUACUAAGAAAUAAAUUCAGCUCGUCUAAUUUGCAAGAACUCAUGGAAGAAGUUUUUAAUCAAGCAAUUCAGAGUUUUUAUCAACACAUUAACGAAGGCUGCCGACAGGCCUACGUAACAUACCUCAACAAUUAUUGCACAACCCCAAAAGAGUUGAGUUCGCAAGUCCGACUUAUUCUCAAUCAAUUCGAUUACAACAUCGAGAAUGGAAGACUGACGGCUGUAGAGAUUAUGAAUUCGUUAGUAGGAUCGAUGCCAGAGAACUGUCUGGAGAAAGUAAAAGAGUUGAUAUUUUUGAAAACGCUAAACUGUUUGGAUAAAGAAGAACACAAGAAUGUCAGGAGUAAGCUCGCUGAUGUCAUAAAAUCUUUGUUCAAAUCUGAAGGGAAGAAAUCACUUGUGCGACUAUUCCUGAAGUUGAUAUAUUCCAAUAAUCAUAAUUCUGAACUCGAUACAUUCUUCCUCAUUGCCGGGGUUUUGAUUGAUGAUCCAAAAAUUUUCUCGGACAGUGAUUUCACACAACUACUUACUAAAAUAGAGCAAGUUUUAAACCCUGAAACAUUCGAUGAACUGUGCCUCACGACACCAAACAUGACUCAGCAAGCUCAAGAUUACGCAAUUUUUCAAGCUCUGCGAUGUCUAAAUAAAGGAUUAGAUCGAAAAUCAAAUGGAUACAACUUGUGGGACAGGAGAAGUUGUCACGCAGCCACUAUGGAAGCCAUCUUUGGCCAUUUGCGUGUCGUACAUUUGCUUUAUGAACACGUCUGGGUCCCACCGGUCACUCUGGACAUUUUGUUCCACGUGGUAGCAAAGCUUGAGUUAUCUGGAGAUGAGACAUUAAAUAAAAUCGCCACCCAAUUGGAAAAAGGAAAAGUGAACGACAUAAUCCUGCUAAAAAAUACCCAAGAUCUCAAACUGUUGGUUAAGAAUGUUUGGACAAUUUUAAAGCUGGAGAAUGACCACAGUGAUGAUGUCGUUAUGAAAGGAACGUUAAUAUUUAUUCAGUUGACGUGCAUCUCUGCCCGAUUAUCUACUCUAGAAAUAUUUGAAGAUAUCAUUGGCGAGAUUCGAAAGAGUGUCAAUCACGAAGUGGUGAAAGACCAGAAGAAAACUAGACUUAGAGCCUUGGCGUUUGCUUGCUUCCGUGGCAUUUGCAAUAAUAUUCCGAUUGAAGCUUUAAUCAAGAUUUCCGAACCAUUGACCAGAGUUGCAGUCAGAGAGUUGACAGAUGAUGGCGUUUCAUCAGAGAUAAAAUUAGAGGCAGAAAAAUUGACAUCAAUUCUUCGAUCUGCCCUUGGAAAUGCUGACUUUAACGCUUUGUAUGCCAAAGUGAACGACUACUAUCACAAGAAAAGAAAUAUCAACAGAGCCAAGAAGAAGGAAUCUUUUGUCCUGCACCCCGGCCUUAUCAGGAAACGACCUGCAAACAAGCCUGAUAAGAGCAAAGUUCCUUUUAAGAAAAUGAAAAAGAAGAAUCGUGGAUAAUCGCAAUUAUUUUAGACUUUUAGAUUUUAAUCCGCAUUAUUAUUAUUUAAAAAACAUAUUAUGACAUUUAAAAAAUAUUAUCAAAGCAUUAAAAAAUCGAUGAAUGUUAA